UUAUCGGCUUUUACAUUAAAAUAAAUAUUUUUUGUAAAUGUACUGUAAAAAGUGAUCAUUUGUAUUCUGAAAUACCAGGUUCGCCUUCAUGAGCAAAACUACACAAAGCCAGACCCGAUGCUGGGUUGAAGUAAUAUUCAACGCUAUUAUCAGAAAGUGCAAACGUUAUUUUGUGUAGCAGUCGGGUUACUGCACUACUGCAGCUCAAUCAAAUGGGGCUCUUUCGUCGGUUCCCUUUUCUAUUACAGGAAAGUGAAACUCAGAUUAUUCCGAAACGACACGGCUGUCACGCAGAAUAAACGCACUCCCUCCCCGUUCUUCAGUUCCACCGCGGUGCCGCUCGGUUCUCUGCCGCCAGCCAGUCUUGCGGACCGGAUGAGCCCGUUCCUCCGCCCCGCCGCCUUGGCUGCUCCUGAAUUCGGACCCGACCUUCGCGGAGCUCGGUUUGCAGGCAGGACGCAGAGAGGGGGAGUACCCGCUUCCUGCUCUGUGAUAGGAAGUCGCUGUUCGGAUUAAGAAAGGCGAUCGGAGAUGAAACAGCACCUUUCGAUGUACAGAUAAACAAAUCACCCGACGGGCUGGAUUAGUUUGGACUGGACCAUCCAACCGGCCGGGCCUCUGUGCUACUGAGACUCCUCUGUCUCACCCCCCGCCUGCUGGCCCGGCGUCAUGGCGCUGAGCUCGGGCGGGUGGGCGCACACCCCACCGCCCCGGACUCCCUCUCCCCCGCUCCCCGGGCCGGUGGGUGCUCAGGGCGGCUGCAACACAGUCUUGAUGUCGGUGCGGGUGUCGGUGUGUCACUCCGGGAUCCGACCACUAUGUCUUCCCGGAGCUGGGGACGAGUCUCUGCGCUUGCAACUUAGCAUGGAUCCGGGCCGGGCCGGGGAGUUCCGGCUGGCCUUGCGGGAUGCCAGCGCCUCGGCAGCCGGCAGGAGUGUGUCCAUCGUGGAGUUUGACCUGCGUGACGUGCAGUACGAGGUCAAGUCACUACGCUGCCACGAGCUCAGCCUGGUCACUCCCCCCCACGACCGCAUCACCUUUAACUUCCGGGACGAGCGUGAGGCACAGGAGUGGGCCACUGUGGUGACGUCAUCGCUGAGGGAGGCGCACAGAGUGGCAGACAGUUCCUCCCAGACCCCAGAGGAGAGGCAGCUCCACCUGGAACCCCUGGAACCCACAGCGUCUGUUACCCUGCCACGCACAGAGGACCUGUGUAUAGAACUGGCCACAGCAAUUGAGGCCGGCGACGCCAGCUCAGCCUCCCAGUGCGCAGUGUCACUGGCCCGCCAGCAGGCAGAGCUCACAGUCCGACUCCGAGAGAAGAGCUACCCGGACACCGAGAUCAGUUUGAAGGUAGCAGUGGAGGACGCUUCCUCUUCCUGUUGUGUCACAGUGAAAGUCUUCCCUCACAUGACCAUUACCUCCCUUAAACAGCAGGUCUUUCUGGACUAUGGGUUUCACCCCCGUGUGCAGCGCUGGGUGAUAGGUCAGUGUCUGUGCGCAGACCAGCGCACUCUGGCAUCCUACGGUGUCCGUCGUCAUGGUGACACGGCCUUCCUUUACCUGCUGUCUGCACGCCACGCUCGACUGUCGCGCCAGCUGUGCCAGCAGGACCAGGAGAGCGCUCUGCUCACCAGUCCCCCCUCCAGCAAUGGCCUGCCCCCGCAGGACUGGAGGGGCUACAACACCCUGCCGGCCCGGUUACCACACAGCACUGGUGGAGGGGGUGGGACAGACCGGAUGGGCAUCGGUGACAUCAGAGAUCUGAUUAAUCUGGAGAUGCUGCAGCUAAAUGAGGCACUGAGCAGCAGCACAGCUAACUCUGCACCAAGCAACACACAGGCUGGCUGGUCAUGUCCUUCCUGUACCUUCAUCAACAAGCCCACGAGGCCGGGCUGUGAGAUCUGCAGCUCAGACCGGCCCGUAGGGUACGUGGUGCCAGGGGGGUACCGCCCAGACCCCGAAGAGCUGCACCGCAUCCAGCAGGAGAAAGAGGCAGUGAGACAGUACCAGCAGGUGCGGGAAGCGGAACGACAGAGGAACUUUGCAAGGCUAGUCCAGACUGAUUCCCAGGACUUGGUGCCAAACCGGGAAAGUGUGGAAUGCCGUAUCUGUUACCUGGAGUUACAGCCUGGAGAGGGAGUACUGCUGAGGGAGUGUCUGCAUUGCUUCUGCAGAGAUUGCCUGCGGUCGGUGAUCCACGUGUGUGAGGACCCGGAGGUGUCCUGUCCUUACCGCGAUGACGCCUAUGCCUGUGAUAGCACCCUGCAGGAGAGAGAAAUCCGUGCGUUGGUGUCAGCAGAGGAGUACGAGCGCUUCCUGGCACGGGGCUUGGCUGUAGCGGAGUGUCGCAGUGAAAGCAGCUAUCAUUGUGCCAGUCCGGACUGCCCUGGCUGGUGUGAGUACGAGGACAGCGUCAACACAUUCAACUGCCCCGUCUGCCGGAGGACUAAUUGCCUGCUCUGCAAGGCAAUCCACGAGGGGAUGAACUGCAGGCAGUACCAGGAUGACUUGGCAGUGCGCGCAGUCAAUGACUCUGCAGCCCGGCGCACACGGGACCUGCUGAGAUCUCUGGUCCAGACGGGGGAGGCCAUGCACUGUCCUCAGUGUGGGAUCAUUGUCCAGAAGAAGGAGGGCUGUGAUUGGUUGCGCUGUACUGUCUGUCACACUGAGAUCUGCUGGGUCACCCGGGGACCACGCUGGGGGCCAGGGGGCCCAGGAGACACCAGUGGAGGGUGCCGCUGUAAUGUCAACAGGAAGCGCUGUCACCCCGAGUGCCAGAAUUGCCACUAGUGCCCCCUGUGGUGGGCCACUGCAUUGCAUCUGAGGGAGAGCCUGUAGGGAGGAGAGGAGAGUGUGUCCAUUACCCCUGCAGGGCAGUGGAGGGAAGAAGGCGUGAGAGAGGUGUGUUUGUCAAUCAUGCUGCAAUCUGUUCUUUACAUGCCCAGUACUGCUCCCAAACUGUUCUCAGGGCCGAGACAGUGCAUAUAUACUGUGCUAUUAUAAAAGGCUCAGGUCGAAUUAAAUGCAUGGAUGCAUAAAUCAGUGAUUAGUUAAUUGCUUCUGCCUCUAACAGUGUAAUAAACAGCAGUUGCCCUAAAUAUAACACACUGUAUAUGCUGGAUGGAUUAAGUUAAUGAACACAGGAUUGUAUGAAUGCAUUUCCAGAAUAUGCCGACUGUGAUGUAUCAUUCAUGUCUCUUCUGGCAUGGUCUGUCAGACUGUCAGAGGUGUUGGUUUGUCUCCUGAGACACACACAAAUCCCGUUCCUCUAGGGUCACCAGUGCUUGUGAAUUUUUGCCUGUAGCAAUGAAGGUUAUUGCUAAGGCCAUCCUUUGCUCAAGACUGAUAAGUCUUGCAAAUUGUGCCUUAUUUUCAAUAAAUAGUCAUUAUUCUGACA